UGAGUGAAUUUGUUGAAAAUUUUCCCUCAAAGCCAUUACAAGUGUAAAGUGUUUUACUAAGCUCAACAGCACGGGAAGGCAGAAGAAGAAUUUGCUCAAGCCAAAUAACCGCCAUCAACAACGACGCGAAGAGUUAUGAAGCGAAGGGUUACAAUUAUGUAUCCCCCGGUGAGCAUGUCCCAUCAGCGGUCCGGAACCCGAUGGGACACCACCAGCAACGGAUAUGGCGGUCACAGCUAUACUCACACAUCGCCGUCAUCAUCAUCAUCAUCAUCAGCAUUACCAUCAUCAUCAACAUCCUCCUCAUGUUCCUCAUCCUCAUCAUCGUCACCAUCGUCAUGCUCGUCUUAUGCAACCACGUCGAGUGCCUCGGAAAAACAUGCUCUAAUGGAAGAUAUGCUGAACAACAACAACAGCAACCACAGCAGCAGUAGAACUAGCAGUAAUAAUCACGUCGGUUGGUGCAACGGUGGGGGGGUCCACGGCGGCCCAAACAGCGGCAAUCAGCAUGAUUCAGAAAAGUGCAAUUUUCACAAAAAUAGCUCCGGUCAUCUGCCCUCCGGAUGUGGCUUGACCGCAGCAGCAAACGACAGAAGCAGCAGUUGUCAUACCAGUGCCAGUUCUUCGAAUAGUUGUAGUAGUAGUAGCACCAGUAGUAGUAGUUGCAGCAGCAGCAGCAGCAGUAGUAAUAAUAGUUGGAAGCAUCGUUCAUCUUCCUCGCCGGGACGGGACGGCCAGGGCGAAGUCGACGACUGGCGAGUGUAUUUCGUCGUCGCGCUGAUUGCCGUCCUGUGCUAUCUAAACGGCGUCCAGGGCGACUUUGUGCACGACGACAUUCCGGCAAUUACGAUGAACAAGGACGUGCUCGGGCUGAGUCCAAUUUCGCAGGUGUUCCGGAACGAUUUCUGGGGCACACCGAUGGCUGACCUCAGCAGCCAUAAAUCAUACCGACCGCUGACGACGCUGACGUUUCGAUUAAAUUAUAUAACAUGUGGCCUACGUUCGCUCUGGUUCCAUGCAACCAACGUGCUACUGCAUGCGUCCGCCUGUGUAUUAUUCACCCGAGUCUGCACAACGAUCGCCGGGCUGCGGAAGAAUUUUGCCCUAUUUGCCGGGGUGCUGUUCGCCGUACAUCCGAUCCACACGGAAGCGGUUACCGGAAUUGUGGGACGUGCGGAUGUACUGGCUUGUAUAUUUUUUCUCAUCUCUCUUCUGGCGUACCAUGGCCACGGAGACGAACCGGACAGCAAUUCACUCUGGCUGAGCAUCAUCCUCGGUGGCCUAAGCAUGCUGGCCAAGGAAACCGGCAUCACGGUGUUUCUGCUCAACGUGGCCUACGACGUGUACCGCAACUGGGCGUCACUCAAGAAAACCAUCCUGGACGUGAGGUGGAGCGAGGGAACCCACCAAUUCAGCCGCCGGGUGUCGCGUGUCCUACUCUCGAUGGGAGUGCUGCUGGCCGUACGGCUGGCGCUGCUUCAAGGAUCGUUACCCAAGUUCUCCCAGCAGGACAACCCGGCGGCAUUUCACCCGAACCUCUACGUGCGAUUGCUGACGUUUUGCUACCUGGCCGCUUUCAACUGGUGGCUGCUGCUGUGCCCGUCGACGCUCAGUCACGACUGGCAGAUGGGCUCGAUACCAUUAGUCACAUCAAUAAGUGAUCCGCGGAAUUUGCUCACGUUUAUUGCGUUCUUCGCCGCGCUGCUGUUUGCCUACCGAGGCAUGAUGGAUUUCGAGCACCAACGUCACGUACCGGUCGUAUUGGGGUUUCUCUUAUUAGUUCUACCCUUCCUGCCGGCCACAAAUUUAGUUGUAACUGUUGGUUUUGUCGUUGCCGAACGAGUUCUCUACAUUCCAAGCAUGGGUAGCGUCAUCCUGGUAGUGUACGGCGCCCAGCGAGUGUGGGAACGGUUUCCCAAAAUGCGAAAAGCAAUCAUCGUUUGCGGUCUUCUGCUAAUAGCAUCCGGCUGUAUGAAAACUCUGUCCAGAAACCGGGACUGGAGCUCCCGUGAAGCCCUGCUGAGAUCCGGCCUACGGACGCUUCCACACAACGCAAAAAUGCACUACAAUUUCGGCAAUUUUUUGCGUGAUUCCUCGCAAGCCGAGCAAGCCGUAGCCCACUACCGGGAAGCCCUGCGACUGUGGCCAACGUAUGCCAGCGCGCACAACAACAUCGGCACCUUGAUGGGGGAGUUCGAGACGGCCGAGUUUCACUUCCUCGAGGCGAUCAAAUAUUCGUCCGAGCACAUUAACGCCCACUACAAUCUCGGCCAACUGUACCGCAAAGUCAACCGCACUUCGGAAGCUGUGCGAAUGCUGGAGAGAUGCAUCACGCUAGAACCACUAUUCACCGCGGCUUAUCUGGAAUUAGUGAAAUUAUACAGCGGUCUGAAAGCUGGCCAGUUGCUGCGGCGCGUAGUCCAGCUGAACCCGUACGACGUUGACCUGCGCCGGCAGUACGGCGACUGGCUGGCGGAGCAAAAUUUGCUGCUGGAGGCUAUUGUCCAGUAUCAGGAAGGUCUUAAAAUAAUGGAAACACAUCAAUUAUCGAUAAUCGGAGCCUGUCGGGCGCUUCGCAGACUCGGCCAGCACUCACGUCUCCAUCAGCUAAUUCUGAGAUGGCAAUUUAUGGUGCGCUUAUCGAAAGGUGGCAUUCCGAUACAGACCGAGAUCUAUCUUCGUGACUGGAGCCUGAAGCACGAGCUCCGGAAUCGGGCCAUGAUCUACGACGCCGGCAGUGAUGUCGGUGGGUCUGGCGGGGCCGGCAGUGGGAGUGGUACCGGCACCAGCAGCAGUGGCAACGGCCGAAGUGUAUCACAAGGCAACCGGAGCAGCGGCAGUGGAUCAGAUUCUGCCGUGGCCGGAAGCAGUGUGGAUUGCAGUUCCUCCUACGAUGGUUGUCUAAGCUCCGUGGAGCCAACCAUUCGAAGUCACAAUAAGCUGUCCGGCACCUCAGUGGAGUCCGACAUCAGCAUACGAAUCCUGCGGACGCCGCAUUGCAACCGGUCCGACCAUCUGUCCGGGUCGCUGAAAAAUUGUAAAAUAGUACCCAAAUUAGGCCGCCAAUCAUCAACAACGACAACCAGUCCAUCCCGUGGAAAGUCCUCUGCAUCCCGAGGGGAUGGUAAAACCGCGGGAAAGCACAAAAAGUGGCCGAAACCGCGCCACAAGUCCAAGGGACCUUCUUCAUCAUCGGCAGUGACGGACCCAGCAGCAUCGCCGGAUCUGGAACCCAACUCGGAUGGGUUGACUCCACUUUUGGUGUCUAACUUGUUGGAUAAACUAUAACCGGGAGUGCACAGGAAAGGGUCCGCGAUUAUGCCAACCAGUUGUGGGUAGGUGCGGAAUUCAGUAAAAGCGUGAGUUCUACUCAUAUGUUUUUAGAAGUUGAGCCGAUUAAAAAGGUUUGAAAUUACUCGCUUCGCUGACUUUAGUUUUGGGAAAACCAUGUAAGUAUUAUUAAAUAGAAGCAUUUGAAUAUUGAAAUGUGUGUGAAAUGAGUUUGACGCAAUUUUGGUUAUAAAGUAGCCAAAAUAACUAAUACUAUGUACAGAAAUAAACAAAAUUUCAAUCGAUAAUCAGUGAAACAUUUGAGUAAGAUAAUUUCAAAUAUAGGUUAUCAGUUUGCUAGCUACUUGAAUAUUCAGCGCUGUGUGUGCUACAAAAUAAAUGCUAGAAAUAA